AUGGAUGCCAUGUCCUGCCUCGCGCCGCACCCGGCGUCCUUCCUCCCGAACACCUCCUCGCAGGCCUACUACACCGACGCCGCCAUCGCGCGCGCGCUGAAUAGCUCCAUGCCCGACCACUACUCCCCGGGCACCGCCUCCACCUCCUCCCCGUCCUCCUCCUCCUCCCUCCUCGCCGACCUCCCCUACUCCGACGGCACCAACGUGCGUUCCGGAGCAAGCGCGCCGACGUGCCGCUCCCGGCCGACCCGGACCUCGACGUCGUCACCUUCCUCGCCACCCGCCGCCACUCAGGCGUGGUCGCGCUCGUCGACGCCGCCACGGGCCGCACGACCACCUUCGCCGAGCUCGGCGCGCGGUGGCCCGGCGCCGCCACCGCGCUCUCCGCGCCGCCCUUCUCCAUCGCCAAGCCUCCGCACGCACGCGCAGGUGUUCGGUCCUUACGUCGAACAGGUGGUGGGCGGCCGCGGUUGA